AUGGAUCAGUCAACAAACACUUCCCAAUUACCCGAGAUCGGUGCUACCACACAAUCACGGUUCCCUUCCAAGGACGGCUCAAAGUUGCUCCAGAUUCAUCGGGGUAACACAGAAGCUGGAUCAUUUGCCAGUGACCGUCUGGCCAAUUCACAUCCAAAACACGCCAGUCCGGAUACGAAUACCCUGGUCUGCCUUUCCAUUGACUCGGAGCUGGGAUCUAUUGCCCUUGAUGAUCGGACACGCUGUCUCAUCUGCCUGUCGGCUUCAGUCUCUCCAACCUCGCUUGCCAGGAAAUCGAUUGAUUGGUCUUCGGGGCAACCCACGUCAGGGCUCGAUGCUGACGACAGAUCAGCCGUGAAGCUGAGCUCAGGCAUCCUAAGCGACCAAUUCUACACUGCCACUCAAUACUCCUCCCUCGAACCACCACCAAUCGUCAUUCUCGGAUCCGCCCAUAGUAGGAGAGCCUUGUUUCUCCGAGUGAUGAUGGACACUAAGCCUGCAAAGAAUUUUCAUCCUGACUGGUAUUCAGUAGUUCCACACUUUCAAUUCGCAUUUGACCUACAUGCAACCCAAUCGAGCCAUGGUCGAGUAUUACCGGUCAUGCAACUGGUUCACUAUCCCAAUCGCUACCGUGACGGUACGCCAGCCAUACCAUUUCGAGGCUAG